AUGGCGCCGAUCGGGAUGGCGCCGAUGAUGGCGCCGAUGGCGCCGAUGGGAGGGAUGGGCGUGGCACCGAUGAUGCUGGGACGGCCGGGGAUGGCGCCGAUGGGCGCACCGGGGAUGCCGCCGAUGAUGACGCCUGGCGGACCGCCGAUGAUGCCGGGCGGACCGCCGAUGAUGAUGAUGCCGGGAGGACGGCCGAUUCCGGGACAGUUUCGAGGGAUGGCGAUCAAUCACCCGACCGGGUUGUCGCCGGAUUUGCUUCCGAUGUUCGCGCCGAGGCCGCCUCUGAAAUGGUAUCCGCCGCCGCCGAAACCUAAGAAGACGCAGCGGUUGGGCGGGAUCGCGAGCGCGCUCGGGGAGUUUGAGAGCGGGAAGAAAAGGACGGGGCGUGGAAGUGCGGACGAUGACGACGUUGGUGACGAUAGUAGACGUAAACCGAGCGGGGUGUACGUUAUGGUGCGUAAGGAGGUGCGGAAAGCGGCGAGACGCGAGGCAAACGAGCGAAAGGCAAGAGAAGCCAUCAAGGAUGCGGUGGACGCGUACAGGCCGAAGGAUGACCCGAACGCGACAAGUGAUCCCUAUCGUACGUUGUUUGUCGCUCGCCUGGCGUACGACGUGGACGAGGCGAAGGUCAAGCGAGAGUUUGAGUAUUACGGCCCCGUGUGCUCCGUAAAGUUGAUACGAGACAAGGAUGGGAAGUCUCGAGGGUACGCCUUCAUCGAGUUCGAGCGCGAGGGCGACAUGCGAGCGGCAUACAGAGGGAUGGACGAUAGACGCAUCGAAGACAGGCGAGUAAUCGUGGACGUCGAGCGCGCUCGCACGUCCAAGUCGUGGUUACCGCGUCGUUUGGGCGGCGGCAUCGGAAGGACGCGCGCUGGGAGCAAGCGGGAGAGCGUUCCGGCCCGUGGGCGCGACCGCACGUACGACGAAGAGAGGGAGCGAGAGAGAGAACGCGAACGUCGGGUGGUGCCGCGUUCGCCGUCGCGUUCGCCGCCCCCGCGCGAUCGCCACCGCAGACGUGAGCCGUCGCCGCAGCAGUCCUCUGGCUCCGAAGAGGAAGGUCAGCUCGAAGAGCGCGCCCCACUACCACCUCCGCCGCCGCCCCCGCCGGAUGUUGACGACCGUCGUCGAUCGCGCUCGCGAUCGCGCUCGCGCUCGCGAUCGACGAGUCGUGGUAGAUACGACGAGUGGGACGACGACCGUCGUCCUCGAUUCGGCGGCGGCCGAAGAGACGACGACCGUCAAUACGACGACCGCCGACGAGACGAUCGUCGAGAGAGAAAACGAUCCCGAACCCGUUCCCGCUCGCCCUCGCCUCGGCGAGAUAAACGAGACCGUAGGGACUACUGA